AUGUGCUAAAAAAUGGCGGUUCUUUCUAAUAAGAUCGCAUUUUUCAUCGCAGUUUUCUCCUUUAUUUGUUUGUGCGAUGGCCACAAACUCAACGUGCCGAGGAUUAUGUUGCCUUACUUUGCCACAACGCCGAUAAAUUUCACUCUGGAAGCCUCCGAUAGCUGUUAUAAUUGGCGCUCAUCGCGGCCGGAAGUGGCCUCAGUCAAACCCAUCGGUGGGAAAGAUGGAAAGUGUUCUCUGAAGGCCAAAGUCACGGCGCUGUCCACGCACCCAACGCAGAUGACCAGCGUCAUAUUUGCUGAAGAACAAGCGAGCGGUCAGAUCAUCCGAUGUGACGUGAUAGUCGAUACCAUCGAUCUGAUAGACAUCGUGACCACCACCAGAGUUCUGUAUCUUGGUGAUUCACCUGAGGAGUUUGAAGUCAGGGCACUAGACGACGAAGGAAACACCUUCAGCAGUUUGGAGGGCUUAGAGUUUGAAUGGUCACUUCUCUCAGACAACGAUGCCGACAUCGUGGUCGAUGCCAAGACCAUCUUGAGGCUGGUGACCUAUCACGAGUCGCCCUAUGACCCACCCAAGUACAUUGAGGGGAUGGAGGAGCGAGGCAAGCAGGGGGAUCGCAUCCUGAUUGAGGGCAUCCGGGCGGGGUCAGCUAAGGUCAUGGCCAGGCUGACCUCUCCGGGGUUCAAGGACGUGAAGCCCAGCGUCACCAGGGUCAUUGUCAUCGACCACCUGAUGCUGAACCCUGCCCAUGACAUCUACAUCCUGGUCCAUGCCCAGGUCAGGUACCAGGUGGAGAAGCUGAAGCAGGGCAAAAUAACGGUUGUUCCCAUGCCAUCAACGCAGUACAAGUUGGAGAUCCGCGACAGCGGUAUUGCCAGUCUGGAAGAUGCAAUGUCAACGGUUACCGGUGUGUCGCUGGGUACCACCGAAGUCGUUCUCCGAGAUAAAAACAUCAAAGAUUCAGCCAGCAUGCCCAGCUCUACCAUUCACGUCAUAGAACCAAAGUAUCUAGGAUUUGUGGUUCUUCCCGGUAAGAACUGGGUCCUACAGACGGGAGGAUUGUAUGAGAUCCUGAUAGAGAUCUAUGACAGGGAUAGUCACAAGAUGUUCCCUGCCGAUAUACCGAAUAUCCGCAUCCAGGCUGACUUUGCCAGGGAGUAUUUCGAGGUGCUUCACUCCACCGUCAAUGGCACCUACCACUACGUGCGGACUCUACAGAGCGGCUUGACGGAGAUUGAAGCUGCAUUGGUGGCCAUCGUCAAACCUGACGGUGAGCUGGCGACAUUCAAGGUGCCCAUCAGGGACACCCAGGAGGCCGAAAUCUUCGAUCCAAUCAGAGUCCAGCCUGAGAUUCUAGUGUUCCCGUGGCAACCGAGGAAACCAGUUCCCUAUCAGUACACCCUGAAGGCCACAGGAGGGACUGGAACCUACAUCUGGACAUCGGGAAACAAAAAUGUCGGCACCGUCAACGUCCACGGUACUGUUACCACGGCAACGGAGAUGGGCAUGACCAACGUGACGGCGGCCGACAACCGCAAUGCAGCCCACUUUGGCCUGAGCAAGGUGUACGUGUUACCGCCCAGCGACAUGGCCUUCCUAGAUACCACCGUGGAAGCUCUCGUGGGAUCGACCCUUGAGCUCCCCCUGGCUGCGUACGCACUCAUUGCCCCAUCCAAAACUAAAAUGGCCAUGACAGAGUGCAGCUCACUACCCAUUACCAUCACGCUGUCGGAUACCACUGUCUUCCAGCAAACUGAAGAAAUCUCCAGUCUCGUCGACGGUGCGUGCAGGAUGAUCCCCGUGAGGGCGCUCAACCCAGGUCACACCCAGGUCACUGUCACCUACGAGCAGGGCUCCCUGCGACUGCAGGCAGCCAUCACCGUUGCUGCCUACGUCCCGUUGCAGACAGCAAUUUCGAAGUGCACAGGCGUACAAAAUGAAUACAGCCCGCAGUUCAUUGGUUGUGAGGUCUUAGACCCUGACAGCAUCGCCGUAGUGACACCAGCCGCUUCCAAGACGUUCGUCCUGACGGGAGGCCCCCAGCCAUGGGUGCUGGACCCAUCCCGGUACUACGAGACACUGGCGGCCGAACACCCCGACUGGGUCUCCAGCAAACACGUCAAGAUGUUCGGCUCAAACAAAAACAAUCACGUCUUCAACGUCGUGUGCCUUCUGCUUGGAGAGCAGACGUUUACAGUCACCGUGGGCAACAGCCCCACGGCCAAGAACAGGCAGCCUGCUAUAUCAAGAGCCACAAUCAAGUUCCUGUGUACGUCGCCGGUGAGGUUGCAGCUCAUUCCAGUCAUCAACCAGCCACAGCUAGAAGAGCCCUGCCCAAUCACGCUGGACUCCAAUAAUCAGCUUCCGGUUUUGAACAGUGCGGACCUUGACAUCAUGGUGCGGGCCGUGGACAGCCACGGCAACUUCUUCCACAACUUCUCCUCGACUGUAGUCUCCUGGGCCAGCUCUGACACCACCCUGGCCACCUUCCGGAACCCCCUGACCAUGUACUCGGACGUGGACGGCGAGAUAAGGGGAUCCAAGAUUCUGAAAGCCUGGGAAGUGUGCAAAAUGAGUGAGAAAUUCGGCACAGUGACUGUCACCGCCUCUUCUUCAAGUUACGAUGCUGCCCUCUUCAAGAAAUACAACAUCCAGCCAUUGAAACUCAACCCACUGAGCGCCUCGCUGGACCUGAACCUUGUCAAGGAGGCUACCAUCGACCCGCAACAAAUCGCCAUAUUCAACCAUCCGUCCAACAGGGUGCACUUCAUGCUGCAAGGAGGCUCGGGCCAUUUCCUGAUCAAACCCAGCAUGCCAGGCAUUGCAGAAAUCAACUACGACGACAAGAGGAAAAAGAUUGAGGUGGCGCCCAUGCAUGACGGCACUUUGACCCUGACGGCCUUUGACCUUUGCUUGAAGACUUCCCAGCAUGCCUCAGCGGAGAUCCACAUAGCCGGGGUCCACACCAUUGAGCUCAAAGUUGUGGACAAGGUCCAAGUUGAUCAUGACAUCACAGCGGCAGUCCAGGUGCUAGACUCCACCGGUCAGCCGCUCUCGGUCUCCUACUUCCCUCUGAUGAAUCUGGAACCCAAGACUGGCUCUGACAUCAUCACCAUAAGGUAGGCU